CGCUCAUCGGCCGUUGGUUAGGAAAGUCGCCCAACGCUAGGCUCGCUGCAUCUUUCUCAUUUCUCCGCCUGUGGCUGUUUUUUUUAUUUUGUUUGUUUUGUUUUUUCCCCCUACGCACGAAUCAAUAGGAAAUCAAUCCAUAUCGCCGCAGUUUUAAACGCGCUGCAAACCCGUGCAAGUGUUGGUGUCCAUCGUUAUGUAACGCUGACGGAAUUCUCAUCCAAAAUCAAUAAAGGAAUAAUAAGAGCCUGAAACGAGUGAGCAGCCCCCCCGCUGGCCCGUUAACAAUGUCCUACUUGGGACUCAGUGAGCACAUCGACUUCGAGUCGCUUCCCAAUCCGGGAGGCCGCAUCCGUUUGGACGAAGUAAUCGGCGAGGGAACCUAUGGCGAAGUCUUCCGAGCUUUCGAUCUCGAAAUGGGUCAAACGGUGGCCGUCAAGGUGAUGGAGCAAAUUGCGGAUAAUAUCGAAGAAAUUGAGGAAGAAUUUAUGGUACUGCGAGACUUGUGCCUCCAUCCCAACAUUCCGGCAUUUCACGGUCUCUACCUCAAAAAGCAUGCUACAAAGAGGGAGGAAGAUCAGCUCUGGUUCGUCAUGGAGCUGUGCAGCGGCGGUUCCGUCACCGACCUGGUUCACGGGCUGAAGCGCUACAAUCGCCGGCUGACUGAAGAGCAAAUCGCCUACAUUCUUCGUGAAACCAUCGAAGGUUUAGUCUAUCUCCAUAGAAACCACUGCAUGCAUCGAGACAUCAAAGGCCAUAAUAUUCUAUUAACAGAAGAGGCUGGCGUCAAACUUAUCGAUUACGGCGUCUCGUCUCAUACCAGCGCUACCAUGGAUCGUAAAAACACUUCGGUUGGAACGCCCUACUGGAUGGCUCCAGAGGUGAUUGCCUGCGAACAACAGCUGGAAUAUUCUUACGAUAUGCGCUGCGAUAUCUGGUCUGUGGGUAUUACUGCCAUCGAACUGGCUGAUGGAGACCCACCGUUGUCUGAACUUCAUCCGAUGAGAGCUCUCUUCCAGAUUCCUCGAAACCCUCCGCCGACCCUGAAUAAACCGGGAGAUUGGAGCGCUGCUUUCAACGACUUUGUCGCCCUUUGUUUGGUGAAAGAUUUUGAACAGCGGCCAUUCGCCCGCGCUCUGCUCGAUCAUCCGUUCAUUCAACAAGUGCCACCAAAGCCCGAUUCGAUUCGAUACCCGUUAAUGAAAGAAGUCAGUCGACAAAUUGCGGCCAAAAAUAAGAGAAGAGCUCCCGAAAUGACGACCAAGCAAGGAAAACUGAAAGCUGACCGCAAGGCUAAAUUGCAACGCAUCUACCUAGACGAUUUGGCAUCUUUGGAAAAUUUUUCUAUUGAUAGUAUAGUGGACCAGUUGGAACAGCGCUAUAACAACAGUGUCAUUUACACUUACAUUGGUGAUAUUCUAGUUGCCGUUAACCCAUUUACGGAAUUAAGCAUUUAUAGCGACAGGGAGGUUUUCAUGUACAGGAAUCGAGCACGAUCGGACAAUCCUCCUCACGUAUUUGCUAUGGCUGACGCUGCUUAUCACGCAAUGCUGCAUCAACGGCGGUCACAGUGUAUCGUCAUUAGUGGCGAAAGUGGAGCAGGUAAAACGGUGACGGCCAAUUAUCUCCUUAAACAACUAGUCACCUUGGGCAAGGCUCCUAACCGUGAUCUCGAGGAAAAGAUUCUGAUGAUGAAUCCCAUCAUGGAAGCGUUCGGUAACGCCAGAACUGGCAUCAACGAUAAUUCUUCCCGUUUUGGGAAAUACCUGGACGUUACAUUCACAUCGGCCGGUAUGGUUUCGGGUGCCCGGUUGUCGGUGUAUCUUUUGGAGCAUUCCCGAGUCGUCCAGCAAGCAGCCAACGAGAAGAACUUUCAUAUUUUCUACUACUUGUGUGACGGACUGGCUGCUGAUAACAAACUAGCAGAUUACUUCCUCGACAGUGGAAGGAGAACACAUCGUUACGUCACUCUUCCUCCUCUCACAUCCCUGGAGCGACAGAUAUACGCGGAAAAGUUCCAGUCGGUCCGUAAAGGAUUCGAUCAAUUGGGUUUCGCUAGCGAUGAACUGGAUGCAAUCUAUUCGGUCAUGGCCGCCGUGAUUCACAUUGGUGAUUUGGAUUUGGUUCCAGCCGGUCCGGGAACUGACAACACGGAUCGCUGCAAAAUCGCCAAUCUCCCUCAAGCGAAUAUUGUCGCUAAAUUACUCGGAGUUGAACCGCAGGCGGUGAUUGAAGCUCUGACGUCAGUGAGCGUCGUGACUCGCGGCGAAACCAUCACCCGCCACAACGAUCUGGACGCGGCUUGCGCAACUCGAGAGGCCAUGGCUAAAGGGCUUUACGCACGACUGUUUGACUGGGUCGUUCAACAAAUCAACCGUCACUUAUCCUUCGGGCGCCUGGUCUAUGGGGAGCCGUUAUCCGUUGGCCUGUUGGAUAUUUUUGGCUUCGAAAAUCAUUUGGGUCCUGGAGGCCGCAACUCCUUCGAGCAACUUUGCAUCAACAUUGCCAACGAGCAGAUCCAAUAUUUCUUCAACCAGCACGUCUUCACUUGGGAACAACAGGAAUAUAUGGCUGAAGGGAUCAAUGUCGACGUGGUCGAAUAUACCGAUAACCGUCCAGUUUUGGACAUGUUUUUGGCUAAACCACUAGGGUUACUUGCACUGCUGGAUGAGGAAAGCCGAUUCCCUGGAGCUUCUGACAAUUCUCUUAUUGAAAAGUUCCAGAAAAACAUAAGAUCAGACUAUUACAUUCGCCAUAAAUCCAAUGGCCUGGAUUUCACGGUUCAACACUACGCCGGCCGUGUCAGUUACGACGCCACGUCCUUCUUGGAAAAGAAUCGCAAUUUCUUGCCGCACGAAGUGGUCCAGCUAUUACGCAGCAGCAGUAAUCCCACCGUCCAAUUCCUAUUCAACUGCCCUCUCACCAAGACGGGCAAUCUCUACUCAAAAUCGCCAUUCGGAUCGCCUUCAGCCGGACGCAGAAUUCUCACUCCGGAACUGCGCGGGAAUAAGAAAACUGACGGCAAGACGGUCGUGUUCAAUAGCAACGCCACUCCCGGCACCAUACUGCCCAAGGACCUUGCUUCACAGACGAGGGCUCAACAGACCGUGAGCACCUACUUCCGUCACUCGCUGAUGGAACUUUUACAGAAGAUGAUUGGCGGCUCUUCGGCGGGUUUUGAUUCGGGAUCGAAUCGAUCCACCGCUGUCAUUGGGGAACCUCAUUUUAUCCGAUGCAUCAAACCCAACGAUUCGCGCCGGGCAGGCUACGUCGACCGGACCAAGAUAGCCCAACAACUCCGCUACACUGGAGUCCUAGAAACCGUUCGCAUCCGCAAACAGGGCUUUUCUCAUCGACUCAAUUUCGUUGAUUUCCUGAGAAGAUAUUGCUUUUUGGCGUUUAAUUUCGAGGAGCGUGUAGUGGCCGAUCGCGAAACGUGCCAGAAGUUGCUGGUCCGUCUCAAGCUGGAUGGUUGGGCCGUGGGAAAAACCAAAGUUUUCCUCAAGUACUACCACGUUGAGUAUCUGUCCAAAAUCUAUGACCAGCAACUCCGGCGCAUUAUCCAGGUUCAGGCAUGCGUUCGACGCUGGUUGGCCAAACUCAGGCUCGCCCGGCACAACAAAAAAAUUGGUGUGAAGACUCCAUUCACUGAAGCCGAGGACAUUAAAGUUUCGCAAUCGAAAAAACAAAUUGAAACGAUUGAUCCGGAUGACGCAGCCCUCGUCAUUCAAAAAUCAUAUCGUGGAUACAAGGUGCGAUGCAAGUACGGUGAUGAACUGAUGGAACGUUUCCAGGAGAAUUCCACACUUCAGCGCAAGUACGGCCGCCCGCAAUAUCCGCAAGAUCCCACCCAAGAGGUACUGUCGAGUCCGUCGGCCGCUACGCUCGACGAGAAGACUAAAAAUUCCAUCCGUCGUCGUCGACAAGAGAUGGUGGCAUUCGCAGCUCAGAUUACCAAAUUAAGCCAGGAGAAUCAUCAGAUAUUGCGUCGUUGUAAGGGCAGCAUUUCGUCCAGUCAACUGGUUCAUCCACCAGCCAACUACGUCCGUCCCAAUGGCUUCAAAAUUAUGCCGGCCAUGUUGGCUCAACAACUGUUGCUUCAAACCCCUUACAAGUCAAGCAACCCAGAGGCCAAAAUUAUCGUUUAUCCUGCGGGCAAUAAUCAACCCAGCGACGGAGAGGAAUCUGACGAUAGCGCGUCUUGGGAUUCUCCGCUCACGCGGGCAAUCCGAGGCAAAAAUGACAGAGAUAAAAAGAUCGACGUCAAUGAAGAAAUUCGUAACCAACUGGGAGAGGGCGGCCUGGUAUCACAAAAUCAAAUCAACAUUGAUCGCGAGAACCAAAUGAUUGGACAAUGGAAGCAACUCUUCAAGAAAGCAUCAUCCGGUAGUCUCGUCGAAUCACAGCAGCCGCUGGCAUCAUCACCUGCGAACAAACCCAUUGGCAAAUUAUUCCCGGAGUCUGGUGGUGGCGAUCGUCCCUCUAUACUAAAAGGUCCAAUGAUGGUCAGCCAGGCCAAGGGACGGCCGAACAAUGGCAGCAGUAAAGAAAACCUUGUCAGUCCCGGAAGUGCACCUGUCCGACAUGUUAUAUUUCAACGUGAAACGAGCGUCGGUAGUAAUCAGGAUUACAAUCCGUUAAGACGAAGCAGCGUGACACGCCAGACUUCCGUGACGGAUUCGUUAAUGUCACCCAAGUCGGAUGUCAACGCUGGCGACGGUCCGUUCAACUUCCGGCAGCACUUGCGUAAGACGGAAUUCGCUCCAACAGAUACUUUGAAAAAGAUGAAAGAGCGAUCCUCUCAGUCGGUUGACGAAUGAGCGAAUCCUUUUUUUUUCCUACCAGAAAUUUCCAUAGAUUUGCAUCACAGUUGUGUUAUCGAUUAUCGAAAUGAUAAUCAAGUUGAUAUUUGACCCCAUUUUUCCUGCUUUAUUUUUUAGUUUUUCACCUCGAUUGACACGUAUCUAGUCAUAAAAAUUUUCCUUCCUCUCUCACCCAAGUGCGAUUGUUUUUGUAUAGUACGCGAUGUGUUCGAUUGAACCCUGAAAUAGAUUUUACAUUUGUUACCUGAACCCUGAGAUCCCACGACAGAUAUUCAUUCAAUCACUUGAAAUACAAUCGAAUGGGGAAAUCUCCGUUUCGAUCAAAAUCUUAA